GCACACAUUAGCUUAAUUCCCCUCUCUCCCACUCCUUGGGUUUGAAGUUUCAACUUACCGAACGCUAUAACGAGUUGAAUCGCCGGAAGAGCACUGGAAAGCUGACAAUGGAUCCGUGUCCAUUUGUGCGCCUCACCGUCGGCAAUCUCGCGCUGAAGAUUCCGGUGGCCUCGAAACCCGCUCGCUCCGUUGUACAUCCUUCUUCGUCGCCAUGUUUCUGCAAAAUCAAGUUCAAGAACUUCCCUACCCAAACUGCCGUCGUGCAGUGCAUUCCACCGGGAAGUAAUCAAACUUCGGAGGCUAUUAUUGUCCAAGCCCUAGCCGCUAGUUUCCAUCUAAACAAGUCCGACAUUGAAAAAUUCGCUGGAAAAUCUAUCUUCGUCGGAAAAUUGUACCUGAAAAUAUCGAUCUAUACGGGACGGAGAGGUACGACUUGUGGUUUGAACUCUGGGAGGCUGUUGGGGAAGGUUUCGGUGGCGUUGGAUCUGGCGGGAACGGAGUCUAGAGCUGUGGUGUUCCAAAAUGGUUGGAUUGAUAUUGGAAAAGAUCCGAAGAAUUCGAACGCGCAGUUUCACUUGACUGUGAAGGCUGAGCCUGAUCCGAGAUUCGUGUUUCAGUUUGACGGCGAGCCUGAGUGUAGUCCUCAGGUGUUUCAGAUCCAAGGCAACAUCCGGCAACCGGUAUUCACCUGCAAGUUCAGUUUCAGAACCACCGGUGACAGGACUCAGAGAUCUAGGUCGUUGCAGGUUGAGAAUGGCAGUUCAAGAGGGUGGUUGAGCGCGUUCGGAAGCGAGAGAGAACGACCGGGAAAGGAACGAAAAGGCUGGUCAGUGACGGUCCACGACUUAUCCGGUUCAGCGGUCGCCGCUGCAUCGAUGGUCACACCAUUCGUGGCCUCACCUGGUUCAGACCGAGUCAGUCGGUCCAACCCCGGCUCAUGGCUUAUUCUACGCCCUGGUGACAGCACUUGGAAACCCUGGGGCCGCCUCGAAGCCUGGCGCGAGCGCGGCUCGGCCGACGGCCUUGGCUAUCGAUUCGAGCUAAUCCCCGAUUCCGCCGCCGCCGGCAUUGUCUUAGCCGAGUCGACUCUCAGCUGCAGUAAGGGCGGAAAAUUUACAGUUGACUUAGCAUCGAAUGCUACGAACAAUGGAAUUGGGCGGCCGAGCAAUUCGACGUCGCCGGCGUGUAGUCCUAGAGGUAGUGGGGACUACGGGUACGGUUUGUGGCCAUACUGUAUGUACAGAGGGUUUGUAAUGUCGGCGAGUGUGGAAGGUGAAAGUAGUAAAUGCAGUAAACCCACGGUGGAGGUUAGUGUGCAGCACGUGAACUGCACGGAGGAUGCAGCGGCGUUCGUGGCUUUGUCAGCCGCCAUUGAUCUGAGUAUGGACGCUUGUAAACUUUUCUCUCAAAAGCUGAGGAAGGAAUUGUGCCCCCCACAGGAUUUACUCUCGUGACGGUUCCGAUUUGUCAGUCUCUUUCUUGGGUAAACGGCGAAGAGUAUUGUUCGCCGUUGCGGGCCGGGUAACUACUGAUACUGACUACUAGGUUUCUGUACAGAUGGGAGUGGAGAUUUGACAGGGCACGCUCUGUUUUUGUUAGGGGUGACUUGUGUAAUUUUUGUAUUGUUUCGGGGUCGUUUUUUUAUUUUCCCCAACUGUAAGUUUUGUAGUUAGCUAGCUGAUCCAAGUUAUCUCAAUUACAAAAUUAAGGUUUGUUUUUACUAUUUUCCAAAGUGUAAGAUUGGAAUUUA